GGCAGCAGUAGCAGUGGCUGCCGUUCUCUAUUGUUCAAGCAGAGCAUUCUCCUUAUCGCUCCAGCCAACCAGAGGGGCAGAAAACGAGGAGAUCUUCCACAUACACCGUUCCUUUAGGGAACACUAUCUCAAGAGGCACACAAACUCUUCAAGUUGAUUCUUUGCUCUUGUUGGGGUGUCUGUUUCUCCUAACCGAGUGGAUUUUACCCGAUUCAGGGGAGCCAUGGGACUUGGGGUUAGGGGUGCAAGGACAGCGUUCCUGUGUUUAUGGAGGUUAUUUGUACUGCUUUGUGGAUUCUGGACCACUCGCUCCCAAACGACAGGGGACGGGAAGUCGUUGUACUUCUGGGAGACAGGUCCAUGGGGCAGGUGUAUGGGCAGUGAGUGCGGUCCAGGAGGGAGUCAAAGUCGGGCUGUGUGGUGCGCUCACAUGGAGGGCUGGACCACCCUUCAUACCAACUGCCUUCAGUCCACACGACCAGCCAAUCAGCAGAGCUGCUUCCGUGUAUGUGACUGGCAUAAGGACCUUUAUGACUGGCGACGGGGUCCGUGGAACCAGUGUGUUCCCAUAUCCUUGCGGACUGGUGCUGGGCGCACAGGCGUAUGCUCGCAGGGCGAAGAGGGCAUCCAAACUCGGGAGGUAAACUGUGUGCUCAAAGCGGAUGAGUCGCCGGCUGACGAUGCCAUCUGUGAGUACUUUGAGCCCAAAUCCCGACAGGAACAGGCCUGUCUCAUCCCAUGUCCUCAGAACUGUGUGGUGACCGAGUUCACCCCUUGGACCACAUGCUCCAAAACAUGCGGGCUGGGCCUGCAAAACCGCAUUCGCUCCGUGGUAGCUCCACCACUUUUUGGCGGGCUUCCUUGCCCCAAUCUGACUGAGUUCCAGAUGUGUUCGCCGAGAGCUUGUGAAGGCAGAGAAAUGGUGUUUAAUUUGAGGGUGGGUGGAUGGAGUGAGUGCAAACUGCCCUCUUCAUCUCCAACAUCACCACCAGAGUCCUCUGGCACCCCUGUGCGUCCCGUUCGCCAGGCCCAGUGGCGCAAAGGCAAAGAGAGGAAGGGAAACAGAGACCCAGAGAUGCGUGAGCUUAUCAAGAACAAACGCAACCGCAACCGGUUGAACCGACCAGAGGAUGACCUCUGGAAUAUCGAAGUGGGCUACCAGUCGCGACAAGUGGUUUGUGUUCAUCGAAAUGGGAGUAUGGUAUCACUCAGCCAGUGCCCCCACUGGAGUCUUCCGGAAACCUACCAGUCCUGCCUGAUGCCCAAAGACUGUGUGAUCACUGAAUGGGGCAAGUGGAGCCCUUGCUCCAAGACCUGCUCUGACCCCAGUGUCCCGCAGGGCAUGCAGUCUCGCAGCAGACAGGUGCUGCGUCUUCCUGCUGGAGGAGGUAUCCAGUGCCCCCAGCUGGAGGAGAGUCAGAUCUGUGAGCCGAUAGGGGAUGGUGUGCCACCCUGUUCCACUUAUGCCUGGCGGUCCACGGAAUGGAGCGAGUGUCGAGUCGAUGCGUUGCUCAGUCAACAGGAUCGGCGGCGUGGCAACCAGACAGGGCUGUGUGGUGGAGGUGUACAGAACAGGAAAGUGUACUGCGUUCAAGCCAGUGCUGAACUACUCAACUACAUCAAUAACAACAAAGACAAACAAGAGGACAAGUCUCUAAAUGGCCAGACGCCUAGUGUCCCUCCUCUCCUCUCUGUCAACUUUGAGAUCUCAGCAUCACAACCUGUGGACAAUUGGCUUUGCACGGGAUCUUCUCCAAGUACGACGCGGCUGUGCCAGAUCCCGUGCCCAAUGGAGUGCGAACUGUCCCCGUGGGGCGCCUGGGGGCCCUGCACUUUUGAGAACUGCGACGAACGUGUCGUGAAGAAAGGUUUCAAGUUCAGACGGCGUAAAAUUACUAAUUACCCAACGGGUGGUGAGGGAAACUGUCCUCACCUGGUGGAGGCCGUCCCAUGCGAUGAUCCGAGCUGUUUUAACUGGCAGCUGCUCAAGCUAGAGGAGUGUAUUCCUGAUGACAACAUGGAUUGCGGAGAGGGGACUCAAAAUCCGAAGGUCCGCUGCGUCAACAGUGAAGGUAAAGAGGUGGAGAGGGAGCUGUGUGCUGAUGUGGUGUACCCUGCACCUGUGCCCUGUGUUGUGCCCUGCCCUAAAGACUGUGCCCUCAGCCUCUGGACCACAUGGUCCACCUGCUCCCAAACCUGCUCCAGCAAAACUGCCGAGGGCAAACAGAUGAGAACCCGAGCCAUACUGGCUUACAAUGCAGGAGAAGUAACGACAAUGGUAGUGGCAUGGAUAACAGUUUUGGAAGGUAACGUUUCCAAGUUUCCAGAGCUAUACGGAGGUUCCAGUUGCCCCAGCAUCCUGCAGGAGGUACGCAACUGUAACGAGCAUCCCUGCAUCGUGUAUCACUGGCAGACAGGCCCCUGGGGACAGUGUGUGGCGGACACCACCGCGUCCAAUAUCAACGCCUCCUUCAGUGUAGACAAAUCCACCUGCGCCAUGGGCAUGCAGACCCGCAAGGUCAUCUGCGUGAAAGUCAAUGUUGGACAAGUGCCACCUAAAAAAUGUCCUGAAGCCCCUCGUCCACAGUCAGUGCGACCCUGUCUGCUGCCAUGUAAGAAAGACUGUAUAGUGACAUCCUUUAGUGAAUGGACAGAGUGCCCCACAUCCUGUGAAGCAGGUACAAAUGGGCAGAAGAGUAAACAGUCUCGUUAUCGAGUGGUCAUCCAGAUGCCAGCUAACGGAGGUCAGGAGUGCCCGGAUGUCCUUUAUGAAGAGAAAGACUGUAAGAAGCCAUCUGUCUGCCCGGGUUACAGGUGGAAAACACACAAGUGGCGAAAAUGUCUGCUGGUGUCCUGGAGUAUCCGCAAAGAUAGUAAAGGAGCUCAGGAAAACUGUGGCACUGGAGUCCAGACUAGAGCUAUCUCAUGUAGGCAGCUGGAUGGUGUAGUGGUGGAUGUUGUGCAGUGUCUGAAGUUUACCAGCAGCAUGCCCGCUGUAAGCCAGCCCUGCCAGUUACCAUGCCGAGACAACUGCCAGCUCACCAACUGGUCUAAGUUCUCGUCUUGCACCUCAGACUGUGUCGGGGUUCGGACACGGAGGAGAGCUCUCGUAGGAAAAAGCAAGAAGAAGGACAAGUGUAAAAACAGCCAGAUGUACCCGCUGAGCGAGACCCAAUACUGCCCCUGUGACAAAUACAACGCCCAGCCUGUGGGCAACUGGUCCGACUGCAUUCUGCCUGAGGGCCGUGUGGAGAGCGUUUUGGGCAUCAAGGUGCAGGGAGAUGUUAAGGAGUGCGGGCAGGGUUACCGGUACCAGGCCAUGGUCUGCUACGACCAAGAAAACAGGCUUGUGGAGGCUUCACGUUGUAACAGUCACGGGUAUUUAGAGGAAGCCUGCAUUGUUCCCUGUCCAUCUGAUUGUAAACUCAGCGAAUGGUCGAACUGGUCACGCUGCAGCAAAUCCUGUGGAAGUGGGGUCAAAGUUCGCUCCAAAUGGCUUAGAGAAAAGCCAUAUAAUGGUGGAAGACCCUGCCCAAAACUGGACCACCUUAACCAGGUAAAUGUGUAUGAGGUGGUCCCGUGUGUGAGUGACUGCAGUCAGUAUAUUUGGGUCGCAGAACCCUGGAGCGUGUGGAAAGUGAGUAAUGUGGACCUGAAGGAGAACUGUGGUGAGGGUGUGCAGACCAGAAGAGUCAGGUGUAUGUUGAACUCAGUAGAUGGCCCCACUGAUGCAGUGGAAGACUAUCUGUGUGAUCCAGAAGAGAUGCCACUGGGCACGAGGGAGAGCCGACUGCCCUGCCCCGAGGACUGUGCGCUGUCCGACUGGAGUACCUGGUCUCCAUGUGACCUGCCGUGUUCUGGAAGUGGCGAUCGGGAGAGGACGGCAUUUGCCCUGCGUCUGCCUAAAGAGGGAGAGGACUGUCCGGUUAGCAUGCAGACUGAGCCCUGCCUUCUGAACCGCAACUGUUUUCACUAUAAUUACAACAUCACGGACUGGAGCACAUGCCAAUUAAGUGCCAAUGCUGUGUGUGGAAUUGGUGUCAAAACGAGGAUGUUGGACUGCGUAAGAAGUGACAGCAAGUCAGUUGACAUGAAGUUCUGCAAAGAGCUGGGCUUAGAGAAGAAGUGGCUGAUGAACGCUUCCUGUAUGGUGGAGUGUCCAAUCAACUGCCAGCUCUCUGAUUGGUCGGCUUGGUCUGAUUGCUCCCAGACCUGUGGCCUCGAAGGGAAGAUGUGGCGGAUACGGACGGUGGUACAGGCAACUCAGGGAGAUGGGAGGCCAUGUCCGUUCCAGAUGGAGCAGUGGAAGCCAUGCCCUGUGCGACCCUGUUACAAAUGGCAGUACGGUCCCUGGUCAGAGUGCCGCGUGGAGGAGGUGGUGUGCGGGGUGGGCCUGCGUUUCCGCAACCUGUCCUGCUUUGUAUCUGAUGGCUCCAGCAAUGGGCAGAGCAGCAUUGUAGAGGAGGAACUCUGUGCUGGACUGGAACUGGCUGUUGAUGACGAUAAAAACAUUGUUCUGGAGGAGACCUGCACCUUACCCUGCCCUGGUGACUGUUAUCUGAUGGAGUGGUCCGAUUGGAGCUCAUGUCAGAGUGUGUGUGUGAAGGGCCAGCGUUUGGACUUCAGUCCUGUGCAGGUCCGCUCGCGUGCCAUCUUCGCCCAGGAACCAGAGAACAUCGCUCAGUGCCCCGAUCAGGAGUGGCAGUCCCGGCCCUGCACCAAUGGAGAGUGUUAUGAGUACAGGUGGAUGGGCGGUCCUCAGCUGAUCUGGUGUGAACGUUCUGAUGGAAUAAACGUAACAGAGGGAUGCCCUCCAGCCCUGCCACCAGGGUUAGAUCCCUCAUGUGAUCCACCUUGUGACAAGCCACAGUCGUUCUGCUCGGAGGAUGGUUUAUGUAUGUGUGAGGAAGGCUACACUGAGGUGCUGACUGUAGAGGGGAAGUUGGAACAGUGUACACCAAUCCCUGUGCUGGAGAUCCCUACAGCAGGAGACAAGAAAGCUGACGUCAAGACCAGCCUGGCCAUCAACCCCACCCUGCCCACCACCACACAGCCAGGCAGAGUGGGCCGCACAUGGUACUUGCAACCUUUUGGACCCGAUGGUAAACUGAAGACUUGGGUGUAUGGUGUGGCGGCUGGUGUAUUUGUGCUCCUGGUGUUUAUAGUGUCAAUGAUUUACCUUGCGUGCAGUUACAGUGCCAUCCGCCGCUCGUUGAGGAAGCCAGAUUGUGGCAAUGGUACGGUGGUGUGGAUGGCUCAAGUUGCCCAUGAACUGACAUAA